AUGCUCGCGGCUUCUGAAGAUGGCAUGGCUCAGGGAACCAUCAACGCAACUUUCUCGGACAAUACCACGAGCUCGAGUGCCGUACUGGUGCCGGCAUGGUGGUCUUGGCCGUAUCCGACGGGCGGUGAUCUCGUCUUUCCGUAUAGGCUAACGAAUGAGAGUGUGGACUGGAAUCGUAGCAACAUCUUCCAGACCAGAAGUUGGCUUGACAGCUCGAAGGAGUUAACGUCUUUGACACUGCCAAAUGUCACGGGCGGCUCGGCGACAGAUCCCGGGGGCGCUGCAAUUUCAUCACGAUUGCACAUUUUUUCGUUGACGCUGGUACCCGUCGUAAGUGACGCUGAGGGGCCAUCGUUGAGCGUGCAAUAUGCCAGAUCGACGCAGAAGUGGGUGGAAGGUAGCGAUAAAAUCCAGGUAUACGAAGUGACGAUUAAUAAUGCCGGCGCAAAGGAUAUUCUACGAGAGCACGCUGUCGAAGUCAGCAUCGAUUCAGCGGGCGUCGAGACCGUUACACCAGGUUACAUCAAGAGACUCCGCGCUGGUGACCAAGUCAGGGUCAAUGUAGGUGUCAAGACUAAAGAGGGCGUGGAGUCAGGAAGCACUGGGGCUGCGACUGUGAGUGUAGAAGGCAAGGGCCUGGACUGUUCCAACUAUAUCUUCAAUGCCACUUUUGGUAUCAAGGAGUAUGAACCGACUUACGAGUCAGUCUACACACAUGACUCACCAGACUGGUACAACGACCUCAAAUAUGGUAUCUUCAUCCAUUGGGGUCCUUAUGCCGUUCCAGCCUGGGGAAAUGUAGGAGACAACGAAACGUACGCGGAGUGGUACUGGUGGAAUCUCAACAAGGGGCCGAGCACAUCCGAUCAGACCUAUCAAUAUCAUCUCGAGCACUACGGACCUGAUGUAGUCUAUGAUGAUUUCAUCCAGAACUUUUCGGCCUCUGCCUACAAUCCAAAGGACUGGGUCGACCUUUUCGCUGAUGCUGGAGCCAACUAUUUCGUCCAAGUCAGCAAGCAUCAUGAUGGCUAUGCGAUCUUUGACCUUCCAGCGAACGUCUCAGAACGUACUUCCGUUGUACAGUACCCGCACAGAAACCUCCUCCAAGAACUGUUCGACGCAGCCGAGGAAUAUCAGCCACAUCUGCACAAAGCAACAUACUAUUCCCUCCCGGAAUGGUUCCACCCAGAUUAUCGCAAGUACGGCUUCUCUAGCUGGCCCGGCGGCAACGCGACGAAUCCCUUCACGAACGCCACACUACCUUACACCGGCUACGUCCCAGUCGACGACUACGUAAGCGACGUCAUCGUCCCCGAAAUGCAGACCCUUGCAGACAUGGGCGUCGAGAUCAUGUGGUGCGACAUCGGCGGUCCAAACCGCACCGCCGAGUUCGCCUCAUCCUGGUUCAACGCCCUUGCUGCGCAAAACAAGCAAGCCCUUAUGAACGCGCGCUGUGGUCUGCCAGGCGACUUCGACACGCCCGAGUAUGCGCGCUACGCCGCUGUGCAGCCGCGCAAGUGGGAAACAAGCCAGGGUAUGGAUCCUUACUCGUAUGGGUACAACGCUGCUACGCCUGUGUCGGCGUAUAUCAAUGCUUCGUCAAUCGUGACGUCUCUUGUGGACAUCGUUUCUAAGAACGGAAACUUUCUACUUGAUGUAGGUCCUACUGCAAACGGGACGAUUAUAGAAAUUGAGCAGAGAAAUUUGAGAGAGGCGGGGACGUGGAUUAAGAGUCAUGGUGAGGCUAUAUUCAAUACGACAUAUUGGAGCGUUACACCGCAGGAGGGAACCAACGUGAGGUUCACUACGACUGCUAAUGCUUUCUAUAUCUUAGUUCUGAACAAGCCAAACGCGACACUGGCUUUGAAAAGCCCGGUGCCGUGGGUCGACGGUGACGAGGUGAAGGUGGUUGGAGGCAGCAAAGCUGGCACAGUUGUUCCAAGCCAGAAGAGGGAGAAUGGCAGCGUUGUCCUUCAGGUGAGCGAAGAGAUAGCAGAUGCUGAUGAGUACACUUGGGUAUUCAAGAUUGAGUACUAG